AUGGAUCGUCAAAGCAUUCAAAGAAAGACAUAUGUUGGAAGAGGCGGGAACACGAAAAUGAGCAGUGGAAGGAUGAGAAGACUGUCGUGUUUGCCCUCUCGUCGCUUGAUAUGUUUUGCGGGAGGAGAGGCCAGGAAGACGCCGGAAAUGAGACUCGCCGACGUCGAAGCCGCUCUUUCUUCGAGAAAUUCCACAACUUCCCAUACUCGAACCAGAAAACUUUUGUCUGAAACGUGGCGCGAUAAUGUCGACAGUCAGGAAUUUCGCAUGCAAGCAACUUCCGGAAACUUGUUCAUCUGA